UUCUGCGCGUUUUCGGACUUUGAAGUUUUUCCCUUUGUGCGCUUACAGGAGGUGAGCGCGGAAUUUGAAGGAUUUGGGUGUUUUUUUUUUUUUUCGUUUUUCCAGCGUCUCCUGGAAGCCCUGCAGAGAUUAAUUUGUGGAAAGUGAUGGCCGAGCGGGGAGCUGUGCUGUGGCUCCUCGGUCUCCUCUGUCUCACCUUUCCGCUCGCUCAGGCAAAGCAUGUCGACAAAGGUUCAGCAGCGCAACCCUUCAGCCCCUUCUGGUUCACAGUGGAGCCCCAGGACACGCUGGCCAUUCGGGGCAGCCCGGCACUGCUCAACUGCUCGGCCUACAGCGACGCCGCCACGCCGGCCCGCAUGGAGUGGAAGAAAGACGGCACCUUCAUGAGCCUGAUCUCAGAUGAGAGGAGACGCGUGCUGGCCGACGGCUCGCUCUUCUUCACACACGUGGUGCACUCCAAGCACAACAAGCCCGACGAGGGCACCUACCAGUGUGUGGCCAGCAUCGACAACCUCGGAUCCAUUUCUAGCCGCACAGCACGCCUUUCUGUAGCAGGGAUGCCGAGGUUCAUUAUCCAACCAGCAGCAGCCAGCGUGCACCUCGGGGGACAACCAGGUGAUGGUGUGUGAGGUCAACUCAGACCUGGUGCUCUUCACUCGGUGGGAGAAAGACCGGCAGCCCCUUGAGCUGAACACCAGACUGUUCCAGCUGCCCAGCGGAGCUCUAGUGGUCAGCAACGCCUCAGAGACGGAUGCCGGACUCUAUCGCUGCCUAGUGGAGAAUGUGGGAGCAUCGAAAUCCAGUGAGGAGGCCCAGCUUCAGAUACUGCCAGAAACCGGAGAAGAAAGGAAGCCGGAGUUCAUGGUGCACCCGGCGUCUGUGAGCGGCGUGGUGGGUGCGACGGUGCUGCUGCCCUGCGUGGUCACUGGGUAUCCUGCCCCUCAUGUCCGCUGGACGUUCGGAGACAAGCUGUUAGACGAAAGGU